CAUGGCCUUCUUUUAUCUGAGCGCGCUAGUACAAAAGAGGUUGUGUGUUUGAGCAAGCUACUGAAAGGGGCUAACAGCUCCUAACUUCUACAGGUAGAAAUCUCAGGUAUUUCUUGUCAAGCACGCGGAUGUGUAUAAGCUUGUCACAGGUAGCGAGGGCCAGCCUAAUCACUGGACACAGGACUAAGCUUUACCUGAACCUACAGACACACCUGCAGGUAACAUAACGUUAUCGUUUGAACUACAAUAACACAGUUUCCUGCUGUCUAUAAGGAGACCUACCAUGUCCCACCUUGUCAGCUAAAGGGCACUUCACCUGGGGCCGGGAUGAGAGUUUCGAGGGAGACAAAGUAUUAAACAACCAGGGGAGAGGGAGACGCUUUAAUAGGCUGAUACACCACAGCUAUAGUCAGUUUACCACCUGACUGAUGUUGAGGAAAUGUAUCAGUAGAUUAAAUAGGCAGGUGUGAAGAACUUCUGAUACUGGUACUUCAAAUCCUGGCAUCCUUAUCAUAAUGAUGAUGCUACUGGCAUCCGGAUGACAACUGUCUGAGGGUAAUGAUAAUGGGCAUGAAAUAAUUCACGCAGUCAAGCAAGAGUGAUAUGUGUUGUGGUUACUAGCUGCAUGGAUUCAGAGUUGAAGGCAGAAUUCCGAGCCAGGGAGUUGGCGAAGGUCGUGUGCAUGGCCGAUGAGGAAGAGGUUGCCCAGGUUCUGAGACAAGACGUCCCGGAAAUGCGAGAGCUGUGCACGACGAUAACACCCGACGGCUCAACACCACUCCACCUGUUGGCAGAGAGGCACAAACCAGAGGUUUUGGAAGUCUUGCUCAAGUCGGGAGUGGACGUGAAUGCCAGGAACAAUGAUGGAGAAACUCCCCUAAGGCUUGCGUUGCUCCACAAGAACCUCCGCGGGGCAAAACUCCUCAUUGACAGCGGGGCGGACAUAAAUGAGGUGAUCUCCAAGAAGUCCGGGCAGACUCUGCUCCACAAGCUGGUUCUAGGCGACAGGAUAUGGGCCGUCAACCUGCUGCUGGAGAAAGGUGCUAUGAUGAACACGGUUGAUAAACACGGCCGCACGCCGCUUCAUCUGGCCAUGGUCAAGAAGAACUCCAAUACUGCCAAACUUCUGGUGGAAACGGGUGCUAAUUUGAACAUCUGUAAUGAAUCUCGGAAGACCGCACUGCAUCUGGCCCUGCUGUACGAAAACACAGAUUUGGCCAGGUUUUUGAUAGUGCAUGGUGCCGAUGUGACAAUCCGUGACAAUGCACACAUGACACCUCUGCACUUGGCUGUCCAGGGCAACCACUUUGAGCUCACCCAGCUCAUUCUGCGCAGAAGCAUUGCCAACAUCAACUCCCGGGAAAAGAUGAUGGGCAGGACACCCCUCCAUAUAGCAUGCUUGAACAAAAACGAGAAAAUUACUAAACUGCUUUUGGAAAACGGUGCUGAUGUCAACCUGACCACACAUUUUCGCAAAUCACCUUUGCAUCUCGCAGCAAGUACAGGGUCUGCAGAAGCAGCCAUUCUGCUGAUACGCAACCGUGCCAACAUCAACAUGCUCUCUGCAGGAAACAGGACAGCGUUACACUGUGCCGUGGAGGCCGGCCACUUCCACAUCACCAUGUUCUUACUGCAGGCUGGUGCUAACAUCAACCUUAAGGAACUUCAUGGCUUCACGCCGCUUCAUUUCGCCACUAAAAUUGGCAGAGUAGAUUGCAUGAAGCUUCUCCUCAACAACGGUGCAGCAGUCAACAGCCAAGACAACAAACUGCAAACACCGUUGCACAUUGCAGCAGAGCAAGGUGCAUCUCAGUCCGUGGCAUUCCUGGUACAGAACGGAGGGAAUUUACGAAUGCGGAACGAGGAUGGUCGGUUGCCACUGGAUUAUGACAAAUCAGAGGAGGUCACCGAAUUCCUGAUUAAAAAGGGGAUUAUUUCAAUUUGAACAUUCUCGUCAUACUUACUUAGGGAGAAAUCCUUGUCAAUUAAACUUGUUAGGAACUAUGAAACCCUGGUGCAAAGACAACUUUGGGAACAACUUGUUGCAAAAAAUUCAAUGAAAUAUAAAGUCAGCUGUGAAAGCGUCAUGGAGUAAAGAGUAAUUCAAGCUUACAGGAAACAUGAUCUGCUUACAGCUUUCAGACUAACAAUAGCUGGUAAACAGCGAAUAAGCUUUUAUGACAUGCGUAGUUACAGAGUCAGUUUGAGAGAUCUCUGUCCCGGGUUUUUUUUUAGCAAAUAUUCUCAUGUCUACUCCUGUUACAUGUAUAUACAUUUGAUAAUGUUAACUUCUCUGAAACAUGUACCCCACCAAAUCACAUAUAAUAAUACAAUACAAAACAAUAUAAAGAAUUCAAAAAAUCAAUCUACCUACCUUGUUUGUUUUAUGAAAUUCAAACCUUGGAUUUUGUAAAGUUAUCACACAAACUUUUUGACGUCUGUCAUAGUCUGCACAUAUGUUAAUCACAUGUAGUUGAUAAAUGUUGAUUUAAAUCUAGAAUAUUCUGUUUUGAACAGAAAAGUAUAGUAAAAACCUUGGUUUUAAAUAUUUUGACACAUUGUUUCUUGAAUAUGGCAUGAAGUUAUAUACCUGAACAGGUUCUACAAAACAAAGAUUA